AUGGAUGAAAGUUUGAGAACAGCUGCUCGUGUAGGUAAUAUUAGUGAAUUAUAUACACUAAUCCACAGAAACGGAAAUGUUUUGAGGCGUCUCGACAAGGUUGAGUUCAUCGAGACGCCUUUACACAUAGCUGCAGAAGAAGGGUGCACGCGGUUUGCGAUGGAGAUUAUGAGCUUAAAGCCAUCCUUCGCUAGAAAGCUAAACCAACAAGGUCUGAGUCCCGUUCACCUCGCCGUCGAGAAAGGGCAUAAGGAGAUGGCGGUACGUCUCUUGGAAAUCGAUACCGGUCUUGCUCGAAUCAAAGGGAAGAAUGGGGAGACUCCUCUGCACUACAUUAGUAGAUUUGGAAACUGUGAUGAUCUGUUGGAUAAAAUUUUGGAAGCUUCCCCUGAUUGCAUCCGAGAUGUUUCAAAUCAAAAUCGCACUGCUUUGCACAUGGCAGUGGAAAACAAAAGACUAGACGUCCUCCAAGUACUAAUUGGGACGCUUAGGAAGAAAGACUAUUACAGAGAAACGGUGAACCGAAAGGACGAAGAGGGUAACACUGCGCUGCACUUAGCUGCUAGAAAUAAUCAACUCAAGAUGGUGAAGCUGCUAUUAAACUGCAAAGCAGAUAGGCAAGCCAAGAAUCAGGAUGGUUUGACAGCAUUGGAGGUUGCAGAACAACAUAAUAUCAGAGAAAGCGUCAUUGUUCUACGUGGUUUCUAUAUUCCAUUAGUGUCAAACUUUUCUCAUCAGUUUGAUAAACAAAUAAUCAAAUACGCGACGAAAGCAUCAUCUCUAAUUUUUCACGAUAUGGAGAAUAUAUCAGAGCAGGGCCGCAAUACUUUACUAGUAAUUCUGGGACUCCUGCUGACUGCUACCUACCAAACAAGUCUCAGCCCACCAGGAGGCGUUUGGCAGGCCGACUGUUCUUCGAGCUCCCCUGGUUCGAAACUUAUCGAAAGAAGGAAAUCACCAGGGAGUAUAGGGACAGCAGUGAUGGAUCAAUCCUAUUUCCUUAUGUUCUAUAGUCUAACCUACAUUGUCUUCAUCGCGGCCUUCUUCCUAACACUCGCCCUGCUUAAACCUUUCCCCCGUGGGAUCAGAAAUACACUUCAAUUACUACUAGCGUUUCUCACACUCUGCUUCGACCAAUCGAUAUCUACCAUAGCUCCAACCUUCUUAAUAGCUAUAAUUCUACGUACAUUUUCAACGAUCAUUUUCGUUUUCAUGCUGUUCAUGUGCAUCAAAUACAAGGUGUCGAAACUUAGUGUUUCGAUCGUCGGAUGUUGGAUAUUCCCUUCGUUUUCGCUCUCCAUUCUUGCCGGAGGAGUAGUUGUAGGUGCAAUUCAAGGAUUCUUGUUAUUCCUUAUCCUAUACGAUGAGUUCGGGAAGGAACCUUGCAUGGAUGAAAGUUUGAGAACAGCUGCUCGUGUAGGUAAUAUUAGUGAAUUAUAUACACUAAUCCACAGAAACGGAAAUGUUUUGAGGCGUCUCGACAAGGUUGAGUUCAUCGAGACGCCUUUACACAUAGCUGAAGAAGAAGGGUGCACGCGGUUUGCGAUGGAGAUUAUGAGCUUAAAGCCAUCCUUCGCUAGAAAGCUAAACCAACAAGGUCUGAGUCCCGUUCACCUCGCCGUCGAGAAAGGGCAUAAGGAGAUGGCGGUACGUCUCUUGGAAAUCGAUACCAGUCUUGCUCGAAUCAAAGGGAAGAAUGGGGAGACUCCUCUGCACUACAUUAGUAGAUUUGGAAACUGUGAUGAUCUGUUGGAAAAAGUUUUGGAAGCUUCCCCUGAUUGCAUCCGAGAUGUUUCAAAUCAAAAUCGCACUGCUUUGCACAUGGCAGUGGAAAACAAAAAACUAGACGUCCUCCAAGUACUAAUAGGAACGCGUAGGAAGAAAGACUAUUAUCAAGAAAUGGUGAACCGAAAGGACGAAGAUGGCAACACCGCGCUGCACUUAGCUUCUAGAAAUAAUCAACUCGAGAUGGUGAAACUGCUAUUAAACUGCAAAGCAGAUAGGCAAGCCAAGAAUCUGUUGAAAUUCCAAAUUGGUUGCACAUUUCCAAAUUGGCUGCACAUUUCCACCAAAAGUACAAGAGGAGAAUAA